AUGGCGAGGAAUCAUCCGAUCUCCUACUGCAUUCUCCUGGCGAUCCUACUCGCCGUACCGCUCACCAACGCCGCCAUGGACUACCAAGCGGCGCUGCUGACGCAGUUCAUCGAGUACCAGCAGGCCCAAGCUGCAAAAUCAGCAACCGCAGCCGGGCCUGCCGAAACCGACCCAUGGGCUGACCCCCGACCCCAAGGGCAGCAGCCGCCGCGCGUCGACUUCGAGCAGUACUCCGGCUACGUGACGGUGGACGAAGAGCACGGCCGCGCGCUCUUCUACUACUUCGUGGAGUCCCCCUACGCCGCCGCCUCCAAGCCCCUCGUCCUCUGGCUCAACGCAGGGCCAGGGUGCUCGUCGCUGGGAUGGAGCGCCAUGAUGGAGCUCGGCCCGUUCCGUGUCAACCCCGACGGCAAGACGCUGAGCAGGAACAGGGACGCCUGGAACAACGUGGCCAACGUCAUCUUCCUUGAGUCGCCGGCCGGAGUCGGGUUCUCCUACUCCAACACGUCGUCGGACUACGACAAAAGUGGUGACAAGAGGACGGCAGUGGACUCGUACACCUUCCUACUCCACUGGCUCGAGCGGUUCCCCGAGUACAAGGGUCGCGACUUCUACAUCGCCGGUGAGAGCUACGCCGGUCACUACGUCCCGGAGCUGGCCGCCGUCAUCGUGGCCGUCCGCUUACUCACAGGAGAGAACCCGACAAACCUCAAGGGGAUCUUCGUUGGCAACCCGUUGCUUGAUGAUUACAAAAACGACAAGGGCUCUCUCGAGUUCCUGUGGAACCAUGGGGUGAUGUCCGACGAGACGUGGGCUAACAUUAUCGAGCACUGCAGCUUUGGCCCGUCCGAUGGCAUUUUGUGUGAGGAGGCGAAGUCACCGUUCAACUCCCGGAACUUCGUUAAUACCGCCGGCGACAUCAGCCGGUACAACAUUUAUGCUCCGAUAUGCAUCCAGGCGCCCAACGGGACAAGCUACUCCAGUAGCUAUUUACCUGGCUACGAUCCAUGCAUAGGCAACUACGUCGAGGUCUACUUGAAUUGCCCUGAGGUGCAGAAGGCAAUCCAUGCUCGGGCCAAUACCGAUUGGAGAUUGCCGUGGAACGACUGGCCGUUAAGCAUGGUGCCAACGCUCUCGUGGCUUAUCGACACCGGAUUAAGAGUUUGGGUGUACAGUGGCGAUAUGGACGAUGUUUGCCCCAUUACUGCAACAAGGUACUCCGUUAAAGACCUCAAUCUGACCGUCACAAAGCCAUGGCGCCCGUGGUACACUCCUGCCAACGAGGUUGGAGGCUACAUUCAACAAUACGAAGGAGGAUUCACGUUUGCCUCUGUGAGGGGAUCUGGUCACCUGGUGCCAAGUUUCCAACCUAAGAGAUCGCUGGUUCUCUUCUACUCCUUCCUGAAAGGCGUGCUUCCACCUGCCGUUUCACUAUGGCGUCAGUGA